UAAUAGCAUUUUUAAGUAUUCAGAUCGGCACUUUAAACCAAGAACCAACCAGAUUCUUUUAGGCCAAACGAGGACAGUCUGAGACACAUAGGAUACCAACCAAGUCAGGAGAACAACAGAUAUUAUUGCCACAGAGGAACAGAACGUCAUGUGGUCUUUAAAUCUUUUCACAGACUGGUCUGUUUUUUUUUUUGUUUGUUUUUUUUCAGUAGGCCGUGUUGAUAAAGUCGAAACAUCUGGUUUAAAACCAGGUUGCUGUUUCACAGUCAGCAGUUAAAUUUUGUUCUCAUCCAGUGCGUCUUGUACAAAAUUUACUAUUCCUCUUUUGUGCCUAUGUCUGUCUGUCGUUUCUCUCUAUGCGUCUUUCACUCGACGCACUCCUCUCACCACCUUAUUGUCAUGGAGCGGUGCAGCCAGGAGCCUGUUCUCAGCCGAUGCCUGGAAAUUUCCGUAAAGCAAUCCUUGUUGGCUGUUUGGGCUGCGUUGGAGUGGGGUGGGCGUGUGCGAGUGUUUCGGUGGGUAGAGUCGAAGAAGGCAGUGGUAGGUAAGCAGAGGGGGGUACGCUUAAGAGCUUUUUGACUUUUCCUCCGUGGGGAGAACGAGCCGUUAGGUGAAAGAGGGAUUGUCUGGAUCUGGAAUCGUCAUGCCUCUAAGUCAGCGACUUUCGAUGAGCAUGAUCCACUGUGAUGGCGUCAACAACCAGAGCUACUUCUGCGAGUACGGACACUGCUGCGGAGAAUCCCAGUGCUGCAGUUACUACUAUGAGCUCUGGUGGUUUUGGUUGGUGUGGGCAAUCAUCUUUAUUUUGUGCUUCUGCUGCAUUUGCCACCAUCGGCGCACAAAACACCGAAUGCAGCAGCAACAGCGGCAGCACGAGAUCAACCUCAUCGCCUACCGGGAAGCACACAACUACCCCUCAGUUCCCUUUUACUUCCGUAAGUACACAAAGUCUUUGAAUUUUGCAUUGGUGAAACCUGCAGAUACCCUGAUGUGGAUUAGUAUAGAAAUAGUUUGAAGCUUUUCGUAUCUGUGUUAAACAUGUUGGGGUGUAGCUUCACCUCUGACUUAAAAAAAAAGUUAUUUUCUUGCCUGUUGAUAUGUUUUCCUCAUUUGUUUACCAGAAAAUGACCAGAAAAUGUCUUCUAAGUCGAAGUGGGAGCUUGGCUCAGAUAUAAUGUUUGCACUGAGAUCCAUCCUGGGGGUCCUGCAGCAUCAGGACCUUGACUUGUUUGCAUGUCCCAGCCUUCAGAGAACGCCGAGAAUUGCAAAACCUGCUCCGACCGUGUUUCAGCGCAGGAAAGAAAAUCCAGAAAUGACUCGAUCACUUUACGCCUCCUGAUGCUGUGGGAGGGCUGGAGUAAUGAUCUGGAAAGCUCUGUGAGGCCUUAAGGAGAAAUGUUUAGUCAAGCUUAGCCAGAUGUUUUUAUGCUUUGUAUAAAAGGAUGAAUAGCCAUUUAUUUCUCUCUCUGAUAUUGAGGCAGACGUUACCAGAAUUAUUUUUUUUGCAACAAACUUUUAUUAGGCUGAUGGUGCAACGUUCAUCAACUGUAAAUAGAAAUACCAACACCGUAGAAAUGUGAAGUCAUCACACUAAAUGUUCAGGAAGGAAAGGAUGUGUUGAUGCAAACCCCUAAAACUAAAGCACAGACUGAAGCUGCUUCGGUAGCGCGAGUACCACAGUGAAAUAACGCCAACGUGAGCUGAAAGGCCGCCCAGAAAGGAAGAAGCCAUUACUUUGAAAUCAACAUGAAAGGCCAGAUUAAAAUUUGCAAAUUCACUCAGGAACAACGCCUUAAUGUUUGGACGGAUGUCCUGUGGUCUGAAUCUGAAAUUGAAUUGUUGACGAUCUUCACAAAGUAGACGGCAUUACAAUGAAAUAAGGUCAUGUUGAAAUGUUGAAGCAACAUCUCAAGACAUCAGGCAGAAUGUCAAAGCUUCGGCCCAAACAUUAUUAAUGUCAGAUUAGUUUGCUUUAGGUAACAAAGACUCUCUGUUGGUGCGUGACUCGGCCCUGAUCUGAUUCGCAUGGAAAAAUUUGAGGCAACCUGCAAACUUGACCCAGUUACACCAGUUCUGUCAGGAGGAAUGGGCCAGAAUGUCCAGCAUGCUUGUGUAAGAAGCUGGAGGAGGAAACCCAAAAGGUGUGACUCAAGUCGUAAAAGUUUGAAGGCAAACACUGAGGGAGUGGAUGUAAGCUUCUGAAUUAAGAUCUGAAUGUAAACAAACCAAAGAUUGUCCAAAA